AUUAAGCAAGUAAAACUGCAAUGGAAUGCAAAACCUAAAAUUGGAUCGCUAAAUAACUCUACAUACAAACCUGGUGGUGGUAAUAAAAAAAUUGAAAUAGUUAAAUUGGACUUUAGAGAAAAAGCAAAACCGAAAGUAGGAUCCAAGAAAAAUACUGAAUACGUGCCUAGUGGUGGGUUAGUAAAGACAGAGAAGCAAAAAACUGAGAUCAACGUGGAGAGUAAAGUUGGAUCGCUAGACAAUUUUAAAUACAAGCCUAGAGGAGGUGAAACAAAGAUUUUGCAUGAUAAAGGCUAUCUGCGGCAAACCUCGUCCAACGUUGACAGCAUUUCUGGCAGUUGCUCCUAG